AUGGGUCAGCAAGCGUCUCUGGUCGUCGAAGUCGAGAUCCACGCCCCAGUUGAUAUUGUACGAGAAGUUUUCCAAGAUUUUCCUAGCUAUAAAGAAUGGAGCACUUGGUCCAUCGAGUGUGCAGACCCAACAAAAGAGGUCAACCACUUGAUCGACAACGAAAAGCUCAAGGUUAAAAUACAGAACUUUAAGUUGACCAGUACACUUCUCAAAAACGAACCUGAUGUGUUUGAAUGA